UCACUUUUCAAGCAAUUCCCAUGUUGCCUUCCGCAAAUUCUUAAACCCCAGAUCCCAAUUCCUUUUCUUGCUCUGCACACACCCUUUUGAUUCUUCUUUUUUUGUGUCUAGCAUGAGACUGUACUCCCCUUUUGCACCAUCUCUUGUACUGAAGAUUUCUUUGGUAUGAGAUUUUCCAGGAAACCAAUGACCUUCAAGAGAAUGCCAUGCUCGAGAUCAACCAUUGGCAAGUACCGAAAUCAUCUCUGGUUUGUUGCCUUUGCCUGCUUUCUUUCCUGGAUGUUAUGGCUUUACCUGCAUUAUCUGGCUAAACUUGAUGGAAAGAAUGGAAUCGUUUUGUCAGUUAACAAUGAUUCUAAUGAUAUUGAUUCUUCUCUCCAUGUCUCCAAUGAGAGCAUUAGUAUAUUGCCUGUCACUGCCAAGCCUAUAGAUGUUAAUGAAUCGAUAAAUGGGGGGAAUACUAUUGAUGGAUUACAGGUUGAGGGUGAUCAGAUUGGAGACACUGAUCAAAUAUCAGUUUCUGAGAAAGAUGUACAGCCCGAUCAUCUAGCAGUGGUGACAGAGAAUGAGGAAGAAUCAGUUGUUGAUGAAGUUAUGACUGAGAAUGGAAGAAUCAGUGUUGAACAGAAAGUGCGACCCAGUGAUAGAGCAAUGGCCACAGAGAAUGAGCGAGAACCAGUUGUCGGAAUUCAGGAAGUGAAGCCCAAUAAUGGAGCAAUGGCGAUGGAGAAGCAGCAAGAACCGGUUGUUGGUGAAACUAUUGAUGAGAAUGGAGUUAAAGAAGGUGGUAGAAUUCAGGCAAUGCAGCCCAAUAAUGGAGCAAUGAUUACAGAGAAUGAGCGAGGACCAGUUGUUGAUGAAGUUGUUAAGAAGAAUGGGGACAAACAAGGUGACAGAAUUCAGGCAAUGCAGCCCAAUAAUGGAUCAAUGGUUGCAGGUAAUAAGCAAGAACCAGUUGUUGAUGAAGUUGUUAAGGAGAAUGGAGUUGAACAAGGCAAUACAGUUCCCAGUGUAGAGACUGGAACAGAUAUCAAACAGGGCAGUGGAGACAAAGGUGAAGUAAUCGAAUCUGAUUCUUGCUCGGGUCGAUACGUUUACAUUCAUGAUCUCCCAAGUAGAUUCAAUGAAGACAUGCUCAAGAACUGCCAGUCACUUAGCGCAUGGACUGAUAUGUGCCUUUACUUGUCAAAUAUGGGGCUGGGUCCACGGCUUAGCAAUUCAGAGAGGGCUUUUUCCAACACUGGUUGGUUUGGAACAAAUCAGUUCUCAUUAGAAGUCGUUUUUCAUAACAGGAUGAAGCAGUACGAUUGCUUAACAAAUGACUCAUCUCUGGCUUCUGCAAUUUUUGUACCAUUCUAUGCUGGGCUUGAUGUUGCUCGCUACCUCUGGUAUGGCAAGGAGUUGAAAGAUACUGCUUCUACUGAUCUGAGCAAGUGGCUUGCAGAACAACCCGAGUGGAAGGUUAUGUGGGGGAGAAAUCACUUUGCUGUAGCAGGGAGGAUUUCUUGGGAUUUCAGGAGGCAAACUAAUAUUUUAUCUCAAUGGGGUAACGGCCUAAUGUAUUUGCCUACAUUCAAGAACAUGACAAUGUUGACAAUAGAAUCAAGUCCUUGGCACAGAAAUGAUUUUGCGGUACCAUACCCGACAUACUUCCAUCCUUCCAAUGACAAUGAGGUGUUCCAGUGGCAGAACAGAAUGAGGAGGCAGAGAAGGCGGUUCCUGUUUUCCUUCGCAGGCGCCCCACGACCCAACCUUCCAGACUCCAUACGCAAUCAGAUUAUCGACCAGUGUUCUGCCUCAAGGAGGAAAUGCAAGUUGCUAGAAUGUGGACUUGUUGGAAGCAAGUGCCACACUCCGGUUAAUGUGAUGAAAAUGUUUCAAAGUUCUGUUUUCUGCCUGCAGCCCCCAGGGGACUCAUACACCAGGCGGUCAGUCUUUGAUUCCAUACUAGCAGGAUGCAUACCAGUUUUCUUCCACCCAGGGUCUGCUUAUGUCCAAUAUUUAUGGCACUUACCCAAGAACUACACGAAGUACUCAGUGUUCAUACCAGGCAACAGCAUCAAAAGUGGGAAUGUCAGCAUCGAGAAGAUACUGCAUCGAAUUCCAAGAGAGGAAGUAGUGGCCAUGAGAGAGGAGGUCAUAAGGUUGAUUCCUAAAGUAAUAUAUGCAAAUCCAAAGUCUAGGCUAGAGACCCUUGAGGACGCAUUUGACAUAGCAGUAAAGGCAGUUCUUGAGAGAGUAGAGACAGUGAGGAGGGAUAUGAGGGAAGGGAGGAAUUCUAGUUUUGCUUUUGAUGAAGAGAUGUCUUGGAAGUAUUCUUUGUUGGGGACAGACUCUGCUAAACAUGAAUGGGAUCCUUUCUUUGAUAAAGCAAAUGCCAACUUUUAAGCUAGGAAACAGAACAACAAACAAAUUCAACUUUUUCAUUGUAGUUGU